AUGGCUCAGAUGAUUCAGUGCCUGGCCUUCGUGCUGCUGGUCCUGAAGUCUUGGUCCCAAGGUACCGUGGCAGGCAUCUCGGCCAAGUGUUUGAUGCUGGAGGCGCUGGCAUUUGCGUGCCGCCUCUCCUCGACUACAUGGCUGAACGGCUACCUCCCCGUGGAUGCUUCUGGGGACUUCGUCUACCAGGUCGUGGACAUUUGCAGCUUGGUCCUGGUGCUUUCCCUGGUCUAUCGUGCCCUUGUCUCGCACCGCUGGAGCUAUGAGGAGGAGGCCGACUCUCUGCCAGUGCUUCCCAUGGUGGCGGCCUGCUUUCUCCUUGCAGCACUUCUGCAUGCGGACAUGAACAGCCGUCCUUUGUUCGACACGCUGUGGAUGGCCGGGCUCUUCCUCAGCGUCGUCUCGGUGCUGCCUCAGCUCUGGCACAUCCACCAGACGGGGGGCGUCAUCUCGGCCUGCACAGGCCACUACAUCGCCAUGCUUGCUUUCAGCCGUGCGCUGAGCGGCAUCUUCAUGUGGCACGCCCGCUUUGACAUCACCUGCGCGCCCCUUGUGGAGGGCGUGAACCAUGCGAUUUGGGCGAUUUUGGGUGCCCAUUUGCUGCAUCUGUGCCUUCUUGGUGAUUUCGGCUACUACUACAUCAAGGCCGUGAUGCAGCAGGGGUUGGACUUCAAGAUCGAGUUGCCCUGCGCUGACAUGGUUUGUUCCCGGUGCUGUGGGCUGCGGCUCAACGAGCUGCAAGACUGGUGGAGCACCUUGUCGCACUACGGCGGUCGGCGGCGUUUUGCCUUUUCGUUUGCGAUGAGCAAGCGCCCGGUGGCGGAUCCCGAGGGCCCGGUGCUCGAGCUCUUGCGUAGCUUCAAGAUCGGCAACUUCACUGGCUACUAUGAAGGCCGGAUCCGCGGCAAGUUCCAGCGCUUGGACAAUGCCCGGCAGCCGCAGCCGGAGAAAGCGGCGCCUCCGCGGGCCUUCGGCAAGGCGAAGCGGAAGGAGGACUGGCGCUUCAACAGCGAAGAUUUCGAGCCCCUGAGACUGCUCUGGCAGCAGUACAUCCAGGACCUGCAGCCGGAGGUCGCGAGCCUCGCCAGCGUGGACUUGCACGGCAGCCACGUCUCCGUGAUCUCCGCCAAGUCCCCGGGCCUGGCGCGCCUCGCAGGGACCGUCAUCGAGGAGACUCAGAGGACAUUGAGAAUCAUCACGCCGGACAGCCAGGUCAAGAUCUUGCCCAAGGAUAGCUGCGUUUUCGAGGUGGAGAUCCUCGACCGGCGCGUGCGCUUCCUGGGCCCGAGCCGAAGCGGCGGCAGCGGCAGCAGCGGAAGCGGCCGCUCUCGAGCCUGGCGGCUGUGAGCCAAGACGCGGCAUUUGCUCGAAAUGGAGCGGACCCAUGUGGGGGGGGGGGAUUUAUGGAAAGUCA